ACGCAACCAGUUAUGACGACGAAAACAAACAAACAAAACCCACGUCACCAAAUGCAUGCAAGUAAAACUAGUGUAACUUUAAUGUAGAACGUCUAAUCAAUAUAAAAAUGAUAACAAGACGCGAUAAACUGUUAAACAAUCCGUGGGAGCAACGAAAAUAUGAAAAUCAUCUCAGAAAAAUUAAUUCCGCAGUGCCGGUUAUUGAUAACAGACCGCCAAUAUCCCGGCAACAUGUCGCAGUGAAACUUAAAAAGCGACAAAAUGAAAUCGAAAGAAUGCGGCAGAUAGAAAACGACAACUUGAUUCUAUUACGACGUAUUAAUUAUGUUAUGAACACGAACAGAGUGGAUAAUUGGAAUAUACCACCACAACAAUCAAAGUAUUUAAAUCGUGUCCCUCUACGUUGUUCUUCAACUAUGAGUAGACCUUCAAGUCACAGCUCAAGUAUUCAACACAGUCAAGAGAAUAUCGUCGAUCAGAAUCAAAAUCAUUUACAUCUACGUAAAUCGAAAUGCCUUGCGUGUAGUCCGCAUAUUUUCACGUUAAAAUCCGAUGAUUCGGAGCGUAUACCUUGGGAGGAACCAAAAAAGUGGUCCAAAACGAUGGGUCGAGAACGAAGUAAAUCUCUACCUGUAAUUGAUAUUAAAACUUGUGAUAAAACUAUCACAAAUGGUGAUAGUAAAAAAUGCGCAUCAUCUAAAGCACGUUCGGGAAAAGAACUAAAGAUUCCUAAAGUACAAAAACAGUUUAGUUUAGAUAAUGAUAGAAAUAAAAGCGAUAAUGCGCAAAAAUUGGUGAUUUCUAGUGGUUCGCUCAAGCUAUGCGUUAAAUUCCCUUCGGAUUCACAUAUUAUGAUUAAGAAUGGUGUUACAGAGAAAACUGUGUUUGGAAAUCAACAUUUCUGAAGGUUUACAUUAAGUAUUCUGUAAUAUUAACACAUAUUUAGAUUUUGCAUCUUGUAGACUUGUAGUAUAUGCAAUAAAAUGGCCGCCGUUGCUGUUUGGGUUGCGUAUUUACAAUUUACAUAAUUUAGUUAUACAAUACAUCAAAUUUUAUAAAUUUUGGGUGAAAUUAACGUAAAAACAAUGAAAAUGUGUGUAAAAUGCGUUUGUUAUAUGCAAAUACCUAAAAUAAAUUACAAGAACUUUAAAA